AGACCGCACCUUUGGGCGUGACAAACAGCAGCAAAAAUCCAAAAAAUGAGAAGACCAAGGAGAGGUUAUGGCGGUGGUGGUAACUUUGGUUUGAUGCUCCUGUUCUUCCAGCUUGCUGGAUUUAUUCAGUUACUCUCAUCACACAAUGAGUUUCUUCCUACAACGCUUGUGCUGCUGGGUGUCAACGUGUUGGCAUUCAUUAGGCCACAGGUAGGAGGGGUACGUAGCCUUAGGUUUGCCCGUUCAUUUCAUUGGCCAUCUGUAUCAGAGAGUUGCAUCAGUGCUAAAAACGUCUGGUAUUACGGCCAAUGGGAGAGACUAUUUCUUGCUCCUUUUAUCCACGCUGACUCGUGGCAUCUUUAUUACAACAUGAUAUCCUUUAUGUGGAAGGCAAGGACACUUGAAAAGAGAUAUGGUAGCUUGUACUUUGCAUACAUGAUAGCCAUGUUCACUCUACUGACCAGUGGUGUGUAUCUUAUCUUAAACGUUCAUUUAGCUGAAUACUUUGACUGGUCAUACUACAAUAGAUGUGCCGUUGGUUUCUCAGGCGUUAUAUUUGCAGUGAAGGUCCUAACCACACACUUGCAGCCUAACCACAUGAGCUAUGUAUUUGGAAUAGGUAUACCCAGUAAGCUAGCCGUGUGGGCAGAGCUAUUAUUAAUAUCAGUCCUUAAUCCUAAUGCUUCGUUCAUUGGUCAUCUGGCUGGGAUAUUGGUUGGUUUGGCUUUUGUUAGCGGACCUCUUAAAAUGAUAAUGGAUGUACCAUGGGGAAUAGUAACAUCAGGAAUCAGUGGAGCUAACAUUGGCAGACAGUCUUAUAACUAUACAGCUCGCCCAUCAGGACAAAGAAGAAAUGAGUCUGAUCAACAAGAUUCUGAUCUACAAGAAGGUAUUAGAAGGAGCUUGAAUGACUACGAGAGACCCCCACCUUAUAAUCCCGACUAUGAUGAAGAUGAUAAUGGUAGUCCCAACAGUAGUAGAUCUACUGGUACAGGACACAGCGAAGAAAGACUAAGAAAUGCAAGAUUGAGAAGAUUUGAGCAACACCAGUGAUCCUUUUAGCAAAUUAGACUCAUUCAUAUUAUUUCUUUCAUACAUAAAACAAAAGUUAUACCUGGA